AAAAAACCAAACGAAUGUGUCAAAAAAGAUUUCCGUGAGAAGAGCAACCCGCAAAAUCUGAAUCAGAAAAGAAAGGAAUACUAACUUGAUGAAGACUAGACGAGAGAGUAUAAGUACGACCAAGCUCACAGUAAAUUCUGGGAAAGUCGAGCUAUAAGUGAACAACGAACCGUGAGAAGCUCCGACGAUCGUCCACGGUGAUGUAAGUAGUUCUAGAAUUUGCUCCAGCAUUGAAAAAGGCCAUUAUAAACACGGAGAAAUAGAAUGGCAACCGGCUCAUCGAGCUCCUCAACUGGUCACGUGCCAGGAUACAAGGUGGUAUUACUCGGCGACGCGUCAGUCGGGAAGUCCUCGCUUGUGACACGCUUUGUAAACAACCGAUUUAGUGACAACUCAGAAGCAACUGUGGGUGCAGCCUUUAGCGCUCAGGUGAUCCAGACAGACGACGGGAAAACGGUACUAGGGUUUGUUAUGGUUAUGGUUAUGGUUAAAUUGAUCAGUUGUCUUCGCACGUCAUAUAUCAGCUUGCCUGACGAGUUGUCUUUCAUCAAGUCACAGUCAACGAUGUCAUGCUUUACUAGUUUUUGUCCUAUGUCUCUCGUCAUUCUGCGCAUCGUAUUUCAAGAUCUUCAUGAUUCCAACUCUUCAGGUCAAGUUCGAGAUUUGGGACACCGCCGGGCAGGAAAGGUUUCGCUCACUAGCGCCUAUGUACUACAGAGGAGCGGCAUGCGCAAUAGUAGUGUUUGACGUCUCACAAGAGGGGACAUUUGAAAAGGCACAAGACUGGGUGGAAGAAUUAAGGCAGAACGUGGCAGAUUCAGGUACUGUACUGAAAAUGCCUCAUGUAUAUAUGAUUUCUUUGGUAGGCUGCAGCAUAAGAUCAAGAUGAGCAGGAGCAACGGAGUUUGUCCAUUUAUAGUGUUUCCAUGCUUACCUUGGGUAGAUCGAGUUAUUAUUGUAGUGAAUUCAUGGAUUCUUUUCUAUGUAUAGUCUUGUCUUACCUGCUGAUGUGAUGCAGCGCUUAUAAUUACCCCCGACUCAACUUCAACAGAGUAUCUUGUCAUCGCACUAGCGGCAAACAAGAUCGAUCUGCGGAGUGACGUUGGUAAGCGGCCACUGGAUUACGCUAGAGAAGAAGGUCUUCUCUACGCAGAAACCAGUGCGAAGUCCGGCGCAGGAGUCCGGUCACUCUUUAUGGACAAAAGAAGUAGAUGUAGUACUACUACAUAAAUGGUCCCUCCGUCUCCGACUUUGACUCAGAUCUUCCUCGAUGAUAAUAUUUUUUUUCGUGGAUGAUAUUUUUUUUCUCCUCUUCGUAACUUAAAACUUUGACGCAGAUAACAUUAAACAUUUUUCUUCUUUCAUAUACAUCGAGGAGCUAGCGAGAACCGUGCCAGAGAUGGUUUCUAGGAAACAACAGGCAGCCGCAAAGGGUGCGGGCGAGGUCCGGGAUCGUAUACAAAUAAAUCUGGAUGAUGAUGGCAGCGGAAAUGCUGGUGGCGGAAAUGCGGGAGGAGGACGUGGCCAAGCAGGCGGAGCAGCUGGAUGUGGAUGCGGUUGAAUCAGUUUAAGUAGACUGAAUAAGUAAACACUGUUUGUAACAACUUCUCAUUUUUAUGGUUUCUAUUUUACUAGUAGAAAGCGAGUAGAAAUGCUCUUCGUCUUCACAGUAGGAGCAUUUUCUCUUUUGGCAAUUCAUUGAUUACAACAACUAUCGUUAUAAUGACAUCUUUCUCCUGAAUAAAGGCAAAAUCGUCGGUUACUCCUUCGACACUUUUGCUUUUCAAGACUUUGACUGCUUCGCUCUCCACCAAUGGAAGUAGGGGCUAUCGAUAUCUAAUGAUCUAAAAAAGUUUCGAGAGGCAGGAGCACCACAGCCAUCCUUCAAUAAUUAAUUUGUUUCCUCUCCAUGAGGUUGUUUGUUUGAUGACUGUCGUGACAUGAACGACUACACCUAAUGAAUCUUCGGGUAGGAGCCUUGUACGAGUAGUUUUUUGCAACAUCAACGAGCCUCAUAGCAGUCUCAUUAAUGUUGAAGUAAACACGGUCACCUUGUCGCUUGAAUAAACCUAUUGAACAAGGAAAUUCAUUGCAUGUAUUGGGACGCAUCUUCUCUCGUCCUGGAUAAUCUUAAUGAUUUCAAAGAAAAUUGCUGAAAAUGCACAACUUCAUCAUGGAUUUUUUUAUCAUUGAAUACGAGACUCCAACUCCAUGUGGAUGCAUAUGACCACAAAUAGCACCAAUCUACCUCAAUUGAAAAUGGGAGCAACAACAAGCUCCUCAUGGAAAAAGAACUAGGAUGACUGUAUUUUUACGUAUUACCUGACUUUACCAGCAACAUCAGCUGCAUCACAUACAUUGUCGGGAGGGACCGCCAAGACGGCGAUAAAACUUGAAAGAUCAAACGAUAGAACUUGCUCAAGGCGUUCAUAUUACUACGUGACAGAUAUCAUAACGUAGCUAGCAAAAGGUGGCACGCUUCUGUUCGACAGAUCAGUAUGGGGCCACACGAGAAAAAGCGCGAUCGUUGUGUAUGUGAAAAGAAUCAUGCCCGUUCUGAAUCAGCGGCUGCAUUCUACUUGUGUGACUGUUUACCAACAAUCUCAGUGUCUGUGUCCGUAUCUAUCUAGUUAAUUUUUCCGUUUUCUUCUCGAAACUACAACGAACUCGAACAUUUAUUUUAUACUAGAAAACAAGAACAACAAGAACUCGAAAACGGACCAACAACUGCUCUUAACCGUUG